AAGGAUGCAGCAGCAUACCAUGUCUGGUGCAGCCAUCACACGUGCAGUCUGUAAAUGAAGGAUAUAUGCUGAUACAUCUGCCUGCACUAAACAUGGAGGAGGACAAGAGUCACAUGACGAGGCGGAUAGUAAACCUCACCCUGGAGAUCCUCUGCCUGCUGACUGGAGAGAUCUACGUACCCAUGAAGAUGUUUGGUCAUCAUGUGAAUAACCAUGUGUCAACAGGCAAUAAGAGGAACAAGGACUCCAUUGUAGUGCCACAAUCUCUCAAAAAUGAACAGAGGAUCCUGGACCUCACCAACAAGAUCAUUGAACUGCUGACUGGAGAGUUGUAUAUGUCAGGUUUCUAUAAGGCAUCAGGAUGUCACUGUCUACUUCUCCAUGGAGGAAUGGGAGUUCAUAGAAGGACACAAGGAUCUGUACAAGGACAUCAUGGUGGAAAAUCACCAGAACCUCACAUCACCGGGUAAUAGACCUAACUAUAUGCCCACUUCCUCUGAUGAAUUCUAUAUAACCAAUGUAUCCAGUGAUUGUAUGCCUCCUACAGACAGGUCCAGUAACAGAAAUACACUGGAGACAUAUCCCAGUCCUAUCUAUCAUGAGGAAAAUCAUAAUAUCCUACAGAAUCACCAGAAUCUGAACAUUGUUGUAGUGGAUAUCUUACCAGCCAUGGAUGAUGGUGCAGAUACUAUGUGUCACCAGCAGUGCACAAAUGAGGAAGUCUCAACAUAUAUCAGCACGGAUGGGCACGGAAGAGAACACGAGCCUGGUAUGAACCCAGUUUACUGCACAGACCACAAAACAGAAAAGAGAGACAUUCCGGAUGAUGGACAAAACCCUACAAGCGACAAUACACAUCUACUACUCCCCAAUGGACAUAUAUUAUUUGGAUGCUUGGAAAAUGGGGGUAGUCUUCCUCUUACCUUGGUAGAUGGUUUACACUAUGCUGCUAACAUGACUGAGAACUCUUUCCAUUGCUCUGAAUGUGGCAAAAGCUUUGUUGCAAAUUCUCAGCUGUUGAGGCACCAGAAGUGUCAUAAAAAGGUUAAACUCUAUGGUUGUCAGAACUGUGGGAAAUCCUUCACACGAAACUCCAUCCUCAUCAAACACCAGAGAAUACACAAAGGCGAGAGACCAUAUGAAUGUUCUGAGUGUGAAAAGUGUUUCAGAAAACGUUCAGAUCUGAUCCGUCAUCAACGGAUCCACACAGGAGAGAAGCCUUAUUUGUGCCAAGAAUGCGGAAAAGGCUUUAAUCAGAGGUCACAUCUUUUGAGACAUUAUAGAACUCACACAGGAGAGAAGCCAUUUUCCUGUUUAGAGUGUGGGAAGUGUUUUACAAAUACUUCGAGUUUGGCUGCCCACCAGAAAGCAGGGGGACAUGAGUAACGCAGACAGAGUGAUGGAAAUGUUCUAGGGAGAGCAACUGUCCAGCUGUAGAUCUGAUGAAUUGCUUGGGAGACAGGGCAUUUAUUUUAGGCUACUUUCACACGUGCGUUAGCCUUUUCUGGCAGGCUGUUCCGGGUGUUCUGCCGGAUCUGUGCUACCGCAAGUCCACCGUGCCACCGGAAGUCUGCUCCGGCCCCAUUCACUAUAAUGGGGUGGGCCGGAAGUCUGGCCGAAGCACGGCAAACAAGCCGAGAUGCGACCGGCCAAAAACCGCAGCGUGGUGUAAUUUUUGUCCCCCUGCCUC